AUGACUCGCAACGAUGAAGGGAAUAUAAAGAAUAUAAUAGAGCAAUCCGCUAAUAAUAAAGCCUCGGCUUUGCGUAGUAGUAUACCCGAGUCGCCUUUUAUCUCCCCACUAUUCAAACUAUCUCUCUUCAACAUAUUUCACUUCAUAUUUUCUAUUCUUCAUAUCUGCUCAACCAUCAUGACUGAUCCGUUACAGCCACUCGACGAUUCAAAUAGGCCCAGGUCGGCUGCUGUUUCCCAGAAGGUCUAUGCAAUUGCUGGCAUCUCAUCAACGGUCUUUGGACUGGAAGAACUCCGCAAAGAGGCUUCGGAGGUCGCAUGUCUCUGGCUUCUUCACCCCAGACUAGCCACCCAGGAGCGCAUGACCAACAUUGCGAACUCUGCCAUCACCGAUUGGAACACUAGAAACCGGGACACACCCUCGGCUAAGGGCCUGAUUGCUGUUUCGUUCGACCAACGAAACCAUGGCACCCGGAUGGUCGACCCUCUUGCUAAUGAGACUUGGAGAAAAGGGAACCCUCGGCAUGCCCAGGAUAUGUUUUCCACCUUCCAGGGCACUGCAAGAGAUACAUCGCUGCUCAUGGACUACCUUCCCUCUUACACAUUCCCCAAUGGUGAGCACAACAUCACCGAGAACCUAGUUCUAGGAGUGUCACUGGGCGGACACGCAGCAUGGAGCUGUCUACUGCACGAGCCUCGAGUCAGCGCCGGGGUUGUCAUCAUCGGCUGUCCAGACUAUAUCAAUCUGAUGGCAGACCGCGCACGGCUGUCGAAGCUACCAUCAUGGACCAAGAGUGACCCUCCUGGCGCCGAAGUCUUUGGCUCAGAAGCCCUGCCGACUUCUUUCCUAGAGACUGUUAGCCGAUAUGACCCUGCCGGCAUGAUGCUGAAGCAUGUGGAUUGUGGGCCAUCAACUGGUCCUUUGCGCGAAGGCCCGUUGCCCCAGCCCUCAGAAAGCGAGCAGCAGGUACUCCGGCCGCUGCUGACUCGUGCGCUGGGUGGCAAACGCAUUUUGAAUAUAUCUGGUGGCAAGGACAAGCUUGUUCCAUAUCAUCGCGGAGAAUUGUUCCUCAACUGGUUCAAGCAGACUGUCUCGUCCGAUGGGUGGUUUGGUGAUGGUGCGGUGUCCUUUGAAGAUAUCAUCGAUCAGGCGGCGGGCCAUGAGGUCACUCCUAACAUGGCUGACGAGGCUGUUCGGUUUAUCAGCGAGACGUUGGCUGCGGGCCCCGAUAAGGCGGGUCGACGGGGUUCGGUGCGAGAGUCGAAGAUCUGA